CAGGCGCCGAGGUGCCGCGGGACGGGUCUCCCGGCUCUUCAGCCGCCGUGGCAGUGCCGGCUCCCUCCAGGUGUGCCUGGAGCACGUAAGCGCCGGAAGGGAUGCUGCAGACAAGUGUAACCACUGGGAUGGCAGAAGUAGUCCAACCACAGGAGUGCAGGAGGGUCCUGGAAGAGAACCAGAGCAUUCUCAAGGACCGCCAAGAAUUAAAGUGAGGAUCCUCCAAAACUUCAAAGGAUCCCAUCCAGGACACCACGUUACACUCACGUCUCCUUAGGCUCCACUUGGUUGUGACAGUUCCUUAGACUUUCCUUGCUUCUUUACGACCUAGACAGUUUGAGGAUUACUGGUCAGGUAUUUUGUAGAAUGUCCCUCCAUUGGGAUUUUCUCGUGAUUAGACAGAAGUGAUGUGCUCACGGGAGAAGGCCCACUGAGGUAAAGCCCUGUUCCCAUCACAUCACAUCCUAUCAGCAGUACCUACUAUCAAUAUGACUUCUCGCUGUUGGCAUGAACCUGAUCACUCGGCUUCUCCACCGUGAAAUUCUUCUCUUUUUUCUCCUUUUCACACUACGUACACUUUGGAAGAAAAUCACUAUGUGUAGCCCAGACUUAAGGAGUGGAAGUUACACUGCACCUCUUAAAGAUGAUGGCUCUGAAACCUCGAGGAGGGAGUAAAUUUCCCAAGGUCCCAGAGUUGGGGUGGGCAGAGCAGGGCCAGCGAGACCUGCUCAAGGACUGCUCCAGGAGGCAAGAGCCCUCCAGGACUGCAGGACAGGUCCCCACGUUUCACAUUCUCUGUCCUCAUCAUUCAUCCAUGCCAGCCCCCCUGAGAACUCUGCCCAGACCCUGGGCCAACAGUCCUGGAAUACGCAGCAAUGGCUCUGGGGUUUUCAACAAGAUAUGAUUAGACUUUCAGGUCUCUUGUGACAAAAAGAAAAAUUAGUUGUUUGCAUCAGGAAAGAUACUGUUGUUUUACAGUUUCAGCUUCCUUCUAAAUCUAGCAGGUCCUAAGCAGCUGGCUAAUGGAUGUGAGAUGCAAAUAAAAGACUGUGCAAGAUCUGAAUCUUUCUGACAAGAGAAAAGAAUUGGGGCCAGGAAUGAAGGUGGGGAGCAGGGGAGGAGGAAGAGCUGAGAAGCUGCUCUGGGAAGAAGAGAUAAGAGGAAAGCUAGGACCUGACACAGACUGAGAGAGAGAGAGGGAGGAAACUGAUGCUGCCGUCUAGGGAAAACCCUGAGGAAAAGACAGACAUACUUAGAGGUACUUUGUAAAUUUUUCCCGUGUCGUGUGUGAUGUUAUUCAUCUUCUUCUGUGUCUAGUCCUGUAUUUUAUUCCUAAUACUCUAAAAAUAAUCACAAUGUGACUUCAAGUGUUUACCUGUGUAGCAUCUGAAAUUGUUCCGCAUCCCUCCAGUAGCCCAUGCACCAUGGGAAACAGCCUCAGAGGAUCUCAUCCACUUCCGUGGCUUUAAUUCCGCCUCUAGGAUAACGAUUUGGAAAUUUGUAUUUCCUAGCCAACCUCUCCCCAAACUCCACCACCCACCUGAUAUCACCAUUUGGACGUCUAAUACCAUCAUUUUUGCCAGCAUUUGCUGGCAAAUACAGUCAUGUUGCAUUUUUACAACAUUCCAGACUCACUGGCCCACCUUUGCUGGCCCAUUCCAUCCAAUGCUUUGCCUGCCUGGCCUCUAAUGCUUUGAUCUCUGUUCAGAUAUCACCUCCUCAGAGAAGCCUUCCUGGAUCAUCCUAACAAACUGCUAGAACAUAAGCUCCAUGUGGACAGGGAUUCUGUCUCUUUUGCUGAAGAGGACUUGCACAUGGACACAGCCGGAAGGCACUGGCUAUAAACCAGGAAGAGGGUCCUAACCCAAAUGUGACCAUGCUGGCACCUUGAUCUUGGACUUCCCAGCCUCCAGGACUCAGCUGAGUUCACAGCUCAAGUGGAGAACACAUCGACUUCAAAGUCGGAGGGAAUAGAAGGUGCUCCCCAGCUGUGGACGCUUCCUCUGCUUGAGAUGCAUGAAAAGACUGUCCACGUCCUCUGGGGAUACUUCCUCCUGUGGAAUCUCCACAUCGCGUCCUCUCAGACCGUUCACCCUGGAAUCAAAGCAAGGGCUACUCAGCGGGCUCUGGACUAUGGUGUUCAAGCUGGGAGGGAGAUAAUUGAGCAAAUGGUCAAAGAAAGAAAAAUCCCAGAUUUAAAGGGUAAUGAGUCUCUUGAAUUUCUGAAGAUUGAUUAUGUGAACUACAAUUUUUCAAACAUAAAAAUCAAUGCCUUUUCAUUUCCAAAUACUUCAUUAGCAUUUGUGCCUGGGGUAGGAAUCAAGGUACUGACCAACCAUGGCACCACCAACAUCAGCACAGACUGGGAAGUCAAGUCUCCCCUUUUCCAAGACACAGGAGGAGCUGAUCUGUUUCUCUCUGGGGUCUACUUCACUGGUGUCCUUAUCCUGGCCCGAAAUGACUUUGGUCAGCCAACAGUGAAGCUCCAAGACUGCUACGCCCAAGUGAGCCACGCCCAAGUCUCAUUUUCUGGAGAACUCAAAGUCCUGUAUAACUCCUUUGCUGAGCCCAUGGAGAAGCCCAUUUUAAGGAACUUAAAUGAAAUACUCUGUCCCAUUAUCACAAGUGAGGUGGAAGCACUGAAUGCCAAUCUCAGCGUGCUGGAGGUUUUAACCAAGAUUGACAACUAUACUCUGCUGGAUUAUUCCCUAAUCAGUUCUCCAGAAAUUACUGAGAAUUACCUUGACCUGAAUUUGAAGGGUGUAUUCUACCCGUUGGAAAACCUCACCGACCCCCCGUUCUCGCCGGUCCCUAUUGUGCUCCCAGAACGCAGUGACUCUAUGCUCUACAUCGGACUCUCCAAGUAUUUCUUUAAAUCUGCGUCCUUUGCUUACUUUACAGCUGGGGCUUUCAAUGUCACUCUCUCCACAAAAGAGAUUUCCAGCCAUUUGAUUCCAAACUCUCAAGGCCUUGGCAGCAUGCUGUCUCGGUUGGCAGAGAUCUACAUCUUGUCACAGCCUCUCAUGGUAAGGAUCAUGGCAACGGAGCCUCCUGUGAUCAGUUUGCUGCCGGGUAACUUCACCCUGGACAUCCCUGCCUCCAUCAUCAUACUCACCCAGGCCGAGAACUCGACUGCGGAAACCAUCGUUUCCAUGGACUUUGUUGCUAGUACCAGUGUUGGCCUGGUUAUUUUGGGACAAAGACUCAUCUGCUCAUUGUCUCUGAACAGAUUCCGCCUGUCCCUGCCGGAGUCCAGCCGCGGCAGUAUUGAGGUCUUGAGGUUCGAGAAUAUUCUGUCUUCCAUCAUCCACUUCGGAGUCCUCCCACUGGCCAACGCAAAAUUGCAGCAAGGAUUUCCUCUGCCCCACCCACACAAAAUCUCAUUCGUCAAUUCUGAUGUCGAAGUGCUUGAGGAUUUACUUUUGAUUUCCACCAACCUGAAGUAUGAAACGUCCUUAAAGCAGCCGCCAAGUUUCCCUGGUUGGGCAGAUCUGAAUCUGAUAAGCAGACAGUUGAGUGGGAAGCCAGCCCCUUGAUCGCCUGUUUGGAGUCCAUUCCAGGAAGUAAAUGGCCCUUAAUCCCACAGCUACUGUAAACCCAGACGGAGAAGACAGUACAUGCUGGAAUUGUAAAGCCCUUGUGAAUCGCUUAGACUGAAAGUUUUCUUUCUCAAGCCCUCAGGGACGUACAGUAAGGCAGCUGGGUUAAAGAACUGAAUGGGGGGGGGGGGCGUGUCUCCAUGUGUUUGGAGGGCUGGAUGUUUGAAUGUGUGUGCAUGUCUGAAUGCACAUUGUGUGUUCCUGUGUUUAUAAGGUUCUGGGGCAGAGAGUGAGGCAUGCACUUCUGACGAGGUGCGUGGGGAACUCUUCGUACAGAUUUGCAUCAGUUGUCAUCUGUGGGGAUCCCUCUUGCCUUCUCAGCUCUCUAGGGCCCCCCUUCCCUACAUGUUGGAUUUUAUGUUUUCUAUUUACUGUAACCGUCCCCUGUAUUUAAUUAAAAUUGUUUUCUAUCGA